GUCAUUUAUCAAAAAACUGCUAUCAUCCCGGCUAUUGUUCCUAUUCUUGCACUUUCUUCAUGCACGGCCCUUAUAGUUAUUAGAGCUAUAUCAAUGAUGUAUCUUUCAUGCUUUUAUCAACAUAGCCUAUUCGAUUGUUAUGAUAAUGAUGAAGUAUUUGAAGAAGAAGAUAGCGAGGUAUUAGAUGUUGAAAACGUUAUUCAAGGGAUAUACAGUACUUUUAAACGGAUUUUUUCUAAUGUCAAAACUGAUAUAAUUCAUGUGGCAUCGAUCAACAAUGAAGAAAGUUCAAGUUCUGUUGAAAAGAAAAACCGGCGAUUUUAUUCUUAUGGCUCUGAAAUUGCAAAAGUUCUUAAUGUGAUUAAAUGUAAAUAUUCAUAUUCGAAUAUGCAAUUUAAUUGGACAAUUACUGGAAGAUAUAAUAGAAGCGAUAAGAGUCACUUAAUGACAUGGACAAUUGAUAGAGAAAUUGAUGGAAAUUGUCAUAAGAUAUUAGUAUCUAAAAAUAACUGUGCACCA